AUGGCUUAUAAGGGACAACGUUACAAAAAGAAAUUCAACCCAAAAUUAAACAAAUCUAAUUACAGAAAUUCUAAUCAAGAAUCAGAAAUUGAAAACUAUUAUCAAGAAUCAGAUAUUGAAAUAAAGAAAAGAGAAAAAAGAGAAUGUAAUAUGAAAUAUGAAGAAGGAAAUUUUAUUCAAACUGGUCACAUUUUCUCAGGAAACAUUAAUUCCUCUGAUUCAAUUUAUGUUGAAAAAAUAGUAGAUCAACUUAUUGGAGCAUUUGAUGAACAUGCGAGAGAAAAAAAGUCAAUUACUUCUUUGGAUAUGUUAAGCAUCUCAAGACAUUUCUUUGUUGGGGAUGCUUUGACAUGGGUGGAUGAAUUUGCAAUUUCAAAAGGUAUUGAUAGAUUAGAAUAUGUACUGGAAGCUUACCGAGGUGGUGACACUAAUAAAUUCAAAACUGCAUUUAGUCCAGAGGAAUUUUUAGAUGCAUUUCUUGCAAGGUUCAAGCCUGUUGAUCACGUUAUAAAUGUUAUAGAUAAAAUUAGGGAACUUAAACAAGGUUCAAUGGAUUUAGAUACUUUCAAAAAUAAAUUUUACAAAUAUGUUUCACUUUUAAAUGAGGAAGAAUUGAAAAUAGAUUUUGUUCAAUUCAGGCUCUUAAAACAUUUUAAACAGAAUAUUAAUUAUAACCAUAGAGGUGUAACAUCUUCUUUUAAGAAUUUAGAUGAUAUAUGGGACUAUAGUGUUCACGGCAUGUGA